AGAAUUUUGGAAAGCAAAAUAAGACAACAAUCACUUUUAUCUGACGAACAAGCCAAAGAAGUUGAACAAAUACUAUCAGCAGCACCCACAGUUGGGGUUGCCGUUGCAGCGGUAGUAGCCACCGCUAAAUCACCCACUAGCAUUAAGAAUCUCAUAGAGGAAGUAACGCCACAAACACCAUCGCCACCAGCUGAAAGUCACAAACAACAGGAGCAACAACAACAACAAAAAGAAAUAGAACAGAUUGAGAAGGAAAUACAACCGGAAUCGGAAAAAGACACAAAUAAUUUAGAGGAACUCAUAUACAAUGAUAAACAAGAAAACAUUUCAAUAAACCAAAAGCAACAACAACAACAGCAGCAGCAUCAUAUUAUCAACAAUUCUGUUAUAAAUAUACAAACAACUUCAGUUUCAUCACUAGCUGACAAAGAUGAUGACGAUAAUGAUGUUGAUGAUGACGAUAACGACAACGAGGAUGAUGAUGAUAUUGAAGAUGUAGAUAUUGUUGGUUUUGGCGCCACUUCUGUAUGUAUUAAUUCAACAUUUACUAGCACAUCCUCUUCGGCAUUAGUAGAGGAAAAACAGGAAACAAAUACCACAACUACAACUGUAACAAAAACUGCAACAACAGUUCAAAAUGAAACAGCAGCUACUGCUACAAAGCCUGAUGACGAUGAACCAGAAUGGUUGCGUGAUGUUUUAGAGGCUCCCAAACGUAGUUUAGAAAAUUUAUUAAUUUCAUCAUCUGCAUCACAAAACACUUCUAGGGAUAAACAUUCCGUUGAAUCAACUUCGUCGACAUCAUCCUCUUCAUCUUCCUCCAUACUUGCCAAUGAUGUGGUCGUGGUAACCACUGCCUCAAAAGUUGAGACAACCUAUGAUGAAGCCAAUGAUAGCACCACUAUCUAUAUAACAUCACAAAGUGAACAGCAACAACAGCGUCAUCAUUAUUCCCCCGAUAAAUAUGAUCAGCAGCAGGAAAACUCUUCGCCAACUUCAUUUUUGAAUCGUACAUUCAUACAAGAUUCCACUGUUAAUUCAACAUUACACAAUAAUACAACUGCUGCAUCGAAUAGCACAACAACUGGUACAGCAACAGCUGAAUCAUUACAUGAAUCAAUCGUUUCGGUUGAAUCAACCCAAUCGGAUGCCACAUUUAAUCAGACGACAACAAUUGAUGAUAGUAUUAUAUCGAGUAAACACAAUUCCACUUAUUCAUUGGCCGAUAACGAGCAGCAUUCAUCAUUGAAUACUACAACUGAAUUAGAUGAUUCACAGUUCUAUAUACCCGAAUACCCACCGGUGCGUAGUAAAGAAGUCUAUGUCGAAUCGGGGGUACAUUACUUUGAAGAUGGCAAUUUUUGGAUGGAAGUACCCGGUCUCCUAGACUUCGACGACGAUGAACUCUCUUAUCCACCCAUACCGGUUAAGAAAAAUCCAAAAGUACGCUUCAGUUCGGGACCAAUACAAGUCUUUUCUACAUUCUCUGUCAACGACUAUGAUCGCCGCAAUGAAGAUGUCGAUCCGGUGGCCGCUUCUGCGGAAUAUGAACUCGAGAAACGUGUUGAGAAAAUGCACGUUUUCCCGGUGGAACUUAUGAAGGGCCCCGAAGGUUUAGGUCUCAGUAUUAUUGGCAUGGGCGUUGGAGCCGAUGCUGGUCUUGAGAAAUUGGGUAUAUUCGUGAAAACAAUAACAGAUAACGGUGCUGCGGCACGCGACGGACGCAUACAGGUCAAUGAUCAAAUCAUCGAAGUGGAUGGUAAAAGUUUAGUGGGUGUAACACAAGCAUAUGCAGCCUCAGUGUUGCGUAACACAUCUGGUCUAGUCAAAUUUCAAAUAGGAAGGGAAAGAGAUCCGGAAAAUAGUGAAGUGGCUCAAUUGAUACGCUUAAGUUUACAGGCGGAUAAGGAAAAGGAGGAAAGAUUAAAAAGACAACAAGAGGAGUAUCUCAGACGUACUUUAGACUACUCUGAAGAUUCUACUCAACCCGUUUCGGCUAAUUCUAGUGUUUGCGAGGGACCUACUAGUCCCGUUCAAGUCGAACAUCCCAUGGAGGUCGAGGCUACACACUCACAAGAGGUAGAGUCUCUUAAGAGACUGCUACAAGAGAGCGAAAUGAGUUGCCUUUUAAAGGACGACUUAAUAGACACCCUUAAACGGAAGCUCGUCAAACUUGAAACAACUGGCAAUGAAAAUGAACUGCUCAGCGAACGUUUGCGACAAAGCGAACGUGAACUGGUCAAUAUUAAAAAAGAGGCUGCUAAUCUACAAAAUAUGCUACAACAAUCGCAGGCCCAGUACAUGGCCCUCGAUAAAAAAUACAAUAAAGCCAAACGUUUGGUACGCGAGUAUCAACAACGUGAGGUAGACAUGUGCCAUCGUGAGGAAUUCUAUCAGCAGUUGCUGCAAGAAAAAGACACGGAAUAUAAUGCUUUGGUGAAAAAACUUAAAGAUCGUGUUAUUAAUUUAGAACAUGAACUACAGGAGACACAACGUAAGGGUGGCUUCCCAGUCGGUUUACCCUAUGACAGUGCCACUCUUAAGCUAACACCCCAAAUGAUGCGUAAAGCACCACCCAAACCUUUAUUCCAGAAAUUGGAAACUGAAUUAUCAGAUACUGAGAUAUCGGAUUUAUCACCCGACGGCGAGGGUGUCAAGACUGCAACGGUGGAACGUAAGAAUCCAGUAAAGGAUGAGCUGGAUGCUGCAGUACCACAACAUGAAUUACUGGAUAAUUCGGCUAAUAAAACGAAAAUUGAUUUGGCUUCCCGUGGUGGUCUAGCAAAUCGUCAAUUGCCAUCGGUUAAUAAUUCCAAUACUAGUUCGAGUGCCUCGAAUGCCACUACAGCGGUCACCAUAGCAGCUGCCAACAGCACUAACAAUUUAUCUAAACGCACUCUUAGCAACAGUAGCUCUGAUUGUGCUCUCGAUGAUAGUGAGGAUGAGACUGCUGCUGCUCCAGCUACUGCUGGCUUAAUGCUUAAUAAUAUUCAUCAUAAUCAUCACAAUUCCACGUCAACACAUGAACUUAAUAUUUUAAAUGGUUUGCAUCAACUCCAACAACAGCAACAACAACAACACCAACAUCUACAACAACAACACAACAAUAUCAUUAGUAACGGCCAUCACAACAAUAGUAACAAUAUUUUAAAUAAUAGUAACAGUAACAAUAACAGUAAUAGCAAUAACAUUUGUAAUAAUAGUAGUAACGGUGGCGGCAUUAGUAGUGUUGGAGUAGGAGUAGUCGUCGGUGGUAUUAGUAAUAAUACUAGUAGCACAAGUAAUGCUGGUAUUAUUGCCGGUACAACAACCGCCAUUUUACUUAAUUCCACAUCAUCCUCAUCAUCAGCAACAUCAUCAUCUGUCAAUACUAGAGAACAGCAAAUUAAUCAAUUGUAUGCUCAAGUUCAUAAGGAUCAUAAGAGUUCCGCAUCAUCUGCUUCACAUACCGGUUUGCCGGCAUUAUUUAAAAAUACUCUGGGCUCACCCGGCGGUAUUGAAACGUCUUCUAGUCCUAAUGAUUUUCAUCGUGGUGGCAUGACCACAUUCGGUACUAGCAGCCGUGAUCUCAAUAGUUCAUAUGAUUCCAUUCUAGGAUCGAACGAUAAACUAUCGGAAAACGAACAAUCAUCGGAGAAUUGGAUGUAUCCGAGUCGACGACGUGUCGGUCCAACGGGAGCAAUAAUAAGUGGCAAAUUGCCACCGACAUCAUUUACGGAACAAUUAAAUCAAGCAUUAACGGAGAGAGAAAGACGUCUGGGUGAUGGCUCAUCACGACAUUCCAGCGAUGAUUAUACCGAAAUAAAUAAAUCACAAUCAGUGGCAGCUAUUAACUGUAAAACUUUAAUAAAUGAAAUACGACAAGCAGUAAAUGAGGCUCAACCAAAAGUACCAUGGCAACAGCAAACUCGGUCUCAUAGCAAUGGUCCUCCCUCACCAACGAGUAUGUCUUCGGGUUGCUCUUCACCCGGUUAGUCUCCCAGCAGUUUAGAUUUGUCAGGUUCAAGUUCGAGUUUCUCGGAACGUAAGGCAGCGGCUUAUAAUUAUAAAGGAGGACCGGUACAUGAAUGGACCAAAGAGCAGGUUGGCCAUUGGCUUUUGGGCAUUGAAAUGGAACGUUAUAUACCCGUUUUCAAAGAGCACAAUGUCGAAGGUGGCGCUUUGUUAUCUUUAGAUUCGAAAGAUUUAAAAACGUUGGGCGUUACCGGCGACGAUAAGCAUCGUUUAAAACGACGACUUAAAGAUCUCAAGGCCAGCAUUGAAAAGGAACGCAAAGAUCAGGAACGUGAGCGACGAGAACGUGAAAAGGCCAUACGCAAGGCGGAGAAAAAAGCGGCCAAAAAGAAAUAAAAUUAAUUAAUUUAAUAAUACUAAUUAUAAACAACAAAAAAAUAAAACAAACAAAAAUAUUUUAAUUAUUUUAAAUUAAAUUUAAACUAAAUUAAAUUAGUUUUUAGAAACUCUUAAUAUUUAAGCUCUACCAAAUAUAAAUUUAAACACAUACAAAAAAAAAUCAUAUAUAAAAAAACUUAGCGAAAAAAAAAACUGAAAAAUUAGAUUAACCUUGUCCAAAAA